AUGUCUCGCCGCAAGCAGCGCAACCCCCAGCAACUCAUCUCGGACUGCGAGGGCUCCACGGCCUCCGAGAACGGUGCGCUCCGUGGCGCACGAGAGCGCAGCGCCGCUCCUUCGCCUCCUUGCCUCUCGGCCCGCCGCCGCCGCCGCCCUCCAGACGCCAGAGGUCCCUGCUGCAGCCGGGUGGGAGCCGCUCUCGGCAGCCGAUCGCUGGCCCGGCCGCUUCCUCCUCCAUCCUCCGGGAGCGGAGGCCGGGCGGCCGGGAUGAGCAGCCCCCGAGGGCGCGGGCAGGAGGCGGAGGACGAGGCGAUGGGGGAGCGCGCAGGUGGGGACUGGGGGCUGGCCCGGCCGCGCUCCCGCUUCGCCCAGGGGCCUCCGAGGGGUGGGGAAGGAAGGGCGGCUGCAGGCCUGGAGCCAGCCGGCCCCCCAGCCCCAGCCCUGGGCGUUCAUUCCUCCACCCGGGGCGGUGGCACCGUCUGCUUCGUUAGCCAAAGCGCCCUCUGCGCCCCGGAUGGCUCGGGCGGGCCCGGCUGCAGCUCUCCGGCCCUUCCCAUUGUCCCUGCCGUCCAAAUGCACGAGAUGCCCCUCUUCGAGGUGGAAUUCGGAGACACUGGCGAUGAGUCGGCUCCCCUCUCCUGCCCCUCCUGCCACAUCGGCUUAAAAGACCCCCUGGAGUUGUCCGCCCAUGUGGAAUCCUGCUGUCCGGAGCAGCCCACCUGCUCUUCCGCCACCAGUGCCACGGCUGCUGGCCAAGAGACCACCAGCUCUUCCUCUUCUUCCUCCUCCUCCUCUUCCGUGGAAGUCCGUCCCGAAAGCCCUCCGAGCAUGGAUGUGGAAUCAGGGCCCUUGUCGACAGACCCGAGCCAGGAGCCAGCCCCUCCCCCGCCUCUGCCGCCACCUCCCCCGCCGCCACCUCCCCCCACAACCAUCCCCACAGGACACCUCAACAUCCCCCUCAUCCUGGAGGAGCUUAGGGUCUUGCAGCAGCGGCAGCUUCAUCAGAUGCAGAUGACGGAACAGAUCUGCCGCCAGGUGUUGCUGCUGGGCUCCCUGGGGCAGGUGGGCUCACCAGCGCCGUCAGCUGAGCCAGCCCCAGGAGCCACCCUCCCACCCAAGCCUCCCUUGCCUGUCUUUUCCAUCAAAACCGAGCCAGGCAGGACCCCGUCGUCUGGUUCUCCCGAGGUGCCCAAGCCCGCUUUCUUCCACCUUUACCAUCCUUUCCCCGGGGGGACCAGGGUACCCAAAGCCGAGCAGCUCUUGGCUCCGGCUUUCCCCACAGCUACGGGCCUUUUGGCUGCUCAGUGUUUGGGCGCUGCCCGAGGGUUGGAGCAAGCGACUUCGCCUGGGCUGCUGCGGCAGAAGAACGGAAGCAGCGGGGAAGCCAGUUUGGAGGAAAAGCCGGGCGGGCGCCACAAGUGCCGUUUCUGCGGCAAAGUCUUUGGGAGCGACAGUGCCCUCCAGAUCCACCUGCGCUCCCACACGGGCGAACGCCCCUACAAGUGCAACAUCUGCGGCAACCGCUUCACCACUCGUGGCAACCUCAAGGUGCACUUCCACCGUCACCGGGAAAAAUACCCUCAUGUCCAGAUGAACCCUCACCCUGUCCCUGAGCACCUCGACUAUGUCCUCACCACUUCGGGGCUGCCCUACGGCAUGUCUGUGCCCCCUGAGAAAGCUGAGCCAGGCGAAGAGAGCGCCGUUCCGCCCGCUGUCACUGAGCGCAAAGCCCUCAGUGCUACCGAGAGUCUCACGCUGCUCUCCGGGGCCUCUCCGUCAGCCGCAGCCCAAGCCUUGCCUAGUUUCAACAAGCUGGUACUGAUGAAGGCUGUGGAGGCGAAAGGGAAGGGGGACGAGAACACUCCUCCAGAAAGGGAGACCGAAGGUGCUCGGCUUCAGCUAGGGAAGCUAGUGGGGUCGCUACCCAGCUGGGCCCUGUUGGCUAAUCACUUCAAGGCAGGCACUGCAGUGGGGCCUUUUCCCUACGUCCUGGAGGCCUCCCCCUCGGAGACCUCUAAGCUUCAGCAGCUGGUGGAGAAGAUUGAUCGUCAGGGGUCUCCGUCCUCGGGCGCCACUCCAGUCGCCGCCACCCAAGCCGUGGCCUGCUCCUCAUCGUCUUCUUCCCUGCCUGCAACCUCCGGGUCAAACCAGUGUGUUAUCUGUUUGCGAGUCUUGAGUUGUCCCCGGGCUCUGCAGCUCCACUACGGACAGCACGGUGGGGAGAGACCCUUCAAGUGCAAAGUGUGCGGCCGUGCCUUUUCCACCCGGGGGAACCUGCGAGCCCAUUUCGUGGGCCACAAAACCAGCUCGGCGGCCCGCCCUCAGAACUCGUGCCCCAUCUGCCAGAAGAAGUUCACCAAUGCAGUCAGCCUCCAGCAACAUGUCCGCAUGCACCUGGGAGGGCAAAUCCCCAACGGGGCGCUCCUCCCAGAGCCCUCCACCGCUGAAGGAGCCAUGACAGGAGAAGGAGAGAAGCAGCAGCAGCAGCCACUGCAGCCAGCCCCUCCGCAAGAUGGAGAGCUGACGGAAGAAGACGAAGAAGAAGCCACUGACGAAGACUCUUUGGAGAGCGGUAUAGAGAAGGCAGAAGGACCCUCCAGCCCAGAACAGGAGGCUCCAUGUCUUGCCAAGGAAGGGGAGGAAGCGGGACCAGCAGAAGAGGAAGAGGGGGGCACUGGGGCUGCCUCCCCAUUGGGGGCCAGAAGUCCUCAGCGCCCCACGCAGGAGGGGGAAGAGAAAGCAGAAAUGGAAGUAGAGGAAGGGGGAACCCUGCAAGAAGAGGAAGAGGAAGAACAGGGGAAGGAGAAGGGGACAGCAGGGGAAGGUCCGUCAGAGAAACCACAGGGCAUCCAAGCCAAAGAGGGCCCGUCCCUGGCUUGUGGGAUUUGCAAACAGGUGUUUCCAGACAGAGCCGCGUUGCGCAAACACGCACUGACUGCUCACCACCAGGUUAAUAUGAGCAGCCCUGCAUGGAUCAGCAACCCGGCGCGACACGGACAGCGCCUGUCCUUAGAAGGCCCUGUGCCCGUUCUGUCGGGAGGCCAGGUGAAGCUGCAGGACUUCCUGGGGCGCGACAUUCCAGCCCAGCUUGUGGGGGUGGGACCCCUCUCUUUCUGGAACCAAUACACGGCCUUCCUGUCCGGAGGCCUGCCGGCCAAGCCAGCCCAUGGCUCUGCUGCUUCUGGCUCUUCCUCUGCCUCCUCAUCGACUUCCAACAUGGCUGCCCAAGGCCUCUUUGGCAACAUGCCAGGGAAAGCAGUCCCUGGGGAGGCCAAGGAGAAACCUGCUAUGGGGUCUCUGUUGCUGCUUCCACCGCCACCAGCCCCAGCUCCGGAAGUGCUCCCUGAGAGCCAAGGGAAGGGCGAAAAGUAAUGAGGUCUGGAUGAAGUCCCAUCAGGGGGAAACUUCCAGUGACAUCGAAGUGGGUGGCAGGGAGGGAACUCAAGCCCGACCCCACUAGAGGAACGACUCCAGUCUAAUUUUAGCGGCAUUAGUCUUUUAUUUUUAAUGUAGCUUGGACGUCAGUUAGCCAGGAGGCCUGAACCCACCACGGAGCAGGGGGAGUGCUGUGACCCUGUGGCCUUGCGUAAAGAGGGCCCCCUCUAGUGUGGGGAAGAAUGCCGGCCUAUCCAGCCAAGCAGAGAGCGGACAUCUUGAUUUCCCCCCAAUAAAAGCAGUU